UCAUCUCCCACUUACUUGACUCUCCGCUCAGGCGUCGCUGUUCUUGUAGCCUCGACGAAUGCCUCAAAAAGCUAAAAAAAAAAUCGCACUGAAGCACUUUAGCUAAGCUAGCUAGCACGCUAGCUUUUCUUCAUAUGUGAUUCCUGAGCAGAAAGGAGUAUCAGGACAGGAGCAGUAGUUCAUGGAAGACAAGAAAAGGAAAAAAGACGAAAAAAGGAAAAGGGAAGCCUCCCAGAAGGUCACAGAACAAAAAAACAAAGUGCCAGACUUGACCAAGCCGGCGUCUGCCCAGUCUCCUGCCACUCAGAGCAGCUCUGCCUCCCCCAGCCCUGGACCCACCCCCUCUGCCUCCCCAUCCCCAGCCACCUUGGGCCCUGGCAGUGCUGCCACCCCGUCACAGGGCGGCAACAAUGCCAAGCGCCUGGCGGUGGCCAACGGACAGCCCACCUCCACCAACAUUUCUUCCUCCACCGCUGGCGGCCCCAGUGCUGCUGGAAACGGCAGUACAAGUAGCGGAGGCGGAGCCCAGGCGCCUCAGCAGCAACCACGCUACAUGCCGAGAGAAGUGCCGCCGCGAUUCCGCUGCCAGCAGGACCAUAAAGUGCUACUGAAGAGGGGUCAGCCGCCACUGUCCUCCAUGCUGCUGGGAGGGGGAGGAGGAGGGGAUGGCCCCAAUGCAAACAUGGCUGCUGUCUCAGAUUCUGGUGCAGCUGCCUCCUCAUUGGCCCUCACCUCAUCAUCAGUUGCUGCUUCUACUACUACUUCUAAUUAUGCAAAUUCCAUGUGGGGGGCGAGCUCAGGCAGCCAGGCCUCCUCUCAGGGCAGGGAGAAGGUGAUUGUCGAUGGCAAUGACCUGGAGGAGUGGCCUAGCAUUGCUGGCAGUGAUGGGGUAGGAGCUUCUUUCACCGGGGCUGGAGGGGGCAGCAGCAACAACGGAAUGCCUGUGAACAGCAUCAGUGCCUCUGGCAACCAAUCCUCACCCACUUCCUCGUUCUCUUUGCCCAAUGAAUGUAUGCAGUCGUCUAAUGGUGUGGUGUGGGGGAUGGCUGCCUCCCAGGGUCAUCUUGGAGGAGGGAAUGCAGUAGCUGCAGCUGGGACUCUGCUACAACAGCCCUCCUCACUUUCCAAAGCCUCCGCUGUGCCAGGGAGCCAUGAUGCCAGUGGCCCCGUUGACGGCAGCAGUGGGAUUCCAGGUGCCAAUUUCAAUCCAAAUGCCAACCCUUCGGCCUGGCCUGCCCUGGUGCAGCAGGAUGGGCCCGCUGCUGCAGGGGAAGGAGGCCCGUCUUCCUUCCAUCACCAGGGCCCUGGAGGGUCUUUGUCUGCCAACAACUCUGCUUCCCUGGGGCUGGGAGGUGGGGCAGUCGGGGUGCUGGGGGGUCACCCACCUUUAUCUGUGAAUCAAUCAAGCACCCAUCAGCGCCAACUUCACCAAAUGCAAUCCAGAGACAGAGAGAUGGGAGGGAAGUGGGACAGCGAAUCAGUGGGACCAAAAAUCGCAGGGGGGGAAGGGAUUGGGGCAGGAAUGGACCGUAGUGUGGGAGGAGGCGAGAUGAGUGUGGGAGACCACAGCCUUGCCUCCUCAUGGAGAAGCCAGCCUUCUUACCCUGCAGCUAACUCCAAAACGGGUGCCUCAAGGACUGAUGGAUGGGAGGGUGGAGGAGGUGGCACAGGGGGAUUCGGAGCUGCUGAAGGAGAUAAUGGGACCUCGGGUUGGGGGUAUCCGAGUUCUACUAGUGGGGUUACUGCUUGGGGCAGUGCUGGAACUGGUGGAAACAGUAGUCAAACCUCCGGGGUAUCUCAGGGAGGGUGGGGGUCAUCAGGAGUGGGAGGAGAGAGAGGGGUUUCUGGUGGUGAUUGGGGUGGGAGCUCCACUGGUAUUGGUGGAGCUAACCCAGGAGGUGAGGGAAUGGGUGGAGCCUGCAGUAGUAACAGCAGCAGUAGUGGGGGCAGCACAGCUGGCAACCCCCCUGCCACCUCUUCCUCUUCUUCGACAGCCACAACUAUGACCAGAGCUUGGGACAAUCAGAAGGGAGAAGGUGAAACAGGGGAAUGGGGUGGGGGAGGAGAAGGACAGGGAGCACAGGGAGGAUCUUCGUCCAGUGGUGGAAAUUCCAGAAGCGAGAGCGGGCCUAACAGCAGUCACAGUCGUCCUCGCCGCCCGGCACCUAAUGCUGAAGCUGCCUUACAGAACCUGCUCAGUCGGUCUGAUCUGGACCCUCGGGUCCUGUCCAACACAGGCUGGGGCCAAACACAGAUCCGACAAAACACGACCUGGGACUUUGAAGAACGUGGAGGACAAAGUAAAGGUGGGUCAUCAUCAGCCACAUCAAAACACCCAUCUUCUCUUGGUGGUUCUUCUCAGUAUUCUGGUGGACCUAGAACCCAUAUCCCGGAUUCUAUGGGUCCUGGUGCCAGUCCUUCCCUGGUUCCAUCUGCUGGGUCCUCUGGAGAGGGAUGGGAGAGCAGCAGCAACAGUAGCAGUAGUGGGGCAUCUCUGUCUGGGCGAGCCCCACCACCUUCAGGCCCCAACAUUAGGAAUCUUGGCGUCUCACAAUCUGGGCCAGUGACCACAACAGGACCUGGUAUGGGGUCAGGUGUUAUACCAGGACAUAGCCAGCAAGGAAAGGCUACAGGCUGGGGUGGAGGGGGGGCUGGUGCUGGGGAUGGCCAGGAGGCCAAGGGUUGGGGGAAAGAGGAAUGGCGAGACAGUAGUAGAGGUGGAAAUGGAGGAGGAUGGGGUGAUCUUGGGCAACAGGGUAACCCAGUGAGUGGAGGCUGGGGAGGCGGCCAGGAGGAGAAAGCAACAGGGGGAUGGAAAGAAAUGGGGGGAAAUGGAGGAGGAAGUGGGUGGGGAUCAGGACAGAAAGUGGGAGCAGGUAGGGACUGGGGAGAACAACAGUCCAAAUCAAAUAGUGGAGGAGGAUGGGAGGAUGAGAGGAAGAAUGGAGGAAACUCAGGUGGGGAUUCAGGUGUGGGUGGUUGGGGGAGCUGGGAUGAUGGUGCUCCCAGGAGGACCUGGGGAGCAGGGGGCACAGGGGGAGGUGGGAGUGGUGGAGGGGGGGUGGGUGUUGUUGGGGGCAUGGGGUCUAAACCCCAGCAAAGUUGGAGUGGAGGAAACAAAAUGCACCAGAUGCCAAACAGCCAGUCGGGUUCCGUCACAGGCCCGCAGGCACAACUGCAACAGCAACAAUCACAGCCCCGCAAUCAGCAUCCACAGCGACAGCAAGCGUUGGACCAAGGGGCUAUGCAAGGGGGCGGGGGGAGGAAACCCAUCUCUCAAGUCCAGAAUCAGAACCAAAGCUCAGGCUGGACCUCUGGGCCCAUCCCUGGUGGCUCCGGAGGAGGCGGAAGUGGAUCUGAACCAAGCGGCUGGGAGGAACCCUCGCCGCAGUCUAUAAGCAGGAAAAAAGAGAUUGACGAUGGAACAUCAGCAUGGGGAGACCCAACCCAUUACAACUACAAGCCGGUCAACCUGUGGGAUAAGAACAGUGCACCUGCUGGCCAACAGCCGCAUGGCCAGGCUCAGGCUCAGGCUCAGGCUCAGGCUCAGGCUCAGGCUCAAGCUCAAGCUCAAGCUCAGGCUCAGGCUCAGGCUCAAGCUCAAGCUCAGGCUCAGGCUCAGGCUCAGGCUCAGCAGCAACAACAGCAACAACAGCAACAACAACAGCAACAACAACAACAGCAGCAACAGCAACAACAGCAGGGACCUCCUAUACAGCAGCAGCCCAGCAGACAGGUGGCAGGGCUUGUGGGUAACAGAGACUUCACCACUGGCCAUGGACCUGGAAAACCUUCUGCUAUGGGUCCGUCAGGUUGGGGUGGUGCUUCUCCAACUAGUCCUACAGUAGACAAUGGCACGGCAGCUUGGGGAAAGCCUACAGACGCCCCUACUGGCUGGGGAGACCCUGAAGAUGCUGGAGGGAAGACAUCGGGCUGGGGAAACCCUUCUCCCAACCCCAUCAAAUCUGGUUCAAAGUCUAUGCAAGAUGGCUGGGGAGACAAAGAGGGAUCUGUGGCUGCUACGCGUCACUCAAGCUGGGAGGAUGAGGAGGAGGGAGGUGGCAUGUGGAACAGCGCCGGCUCCCAGGGAAGCGGCUCAUCAUGGGGACAGGGAAGCAAUGGGGGCUGGGGACAGAGCCACGCUGGGAAGAAGCCCGGUAACAAGGGUCCACUAAAGGCUGGCGUUGGAGACUCUUGGAUGAGCCCCAUCAACAGACAAUUCUCUAACAUGCUGCUGAAUGAUGACCCCACUGGCCCAAACAUUGACCUGGCUCCAGGUUCUCUCCAGGAGAAGAAGAUGGAUGUGGAUAAAAGGGGCAUGGGGAUGAAUGAUUACAAUGGAGAUAUGAGAAAGGGAGGAAGAGGAGGAGGGGGGAUGGCUUAUCGUCCUCCUGUUUCCAAAGAGGCAGCACCUGGGGAUGCUGGGUCAUACUAUGACAAGACCUUGCCUUUGACCAAUCAGGAUUGGUGCCUUGGGGAGGAGGGUCCUUGCUCUCUGUACUCACCACCCACUGUCUACAAGCCCCAUUCCCUCUUCAACCACACUAUCCCCUUUAGACAAGGUGGUCACAGUAUCUUUGGCAGUGGAGGAGGGAUGGCUCAGUCAAGACACCAGCCAAGUGUCCCACCCAUAAACCAGUCCCCGGGGAUACGAGCGCAAGUGCCUCAUCAGUUCCUGUCACCUCAGGUGCCAGGCUCUGUGCUGAAGCAGAUGCCCCCUCCCAGCGGGAGCGUGGGGGGUGUUGGCGGCGUGGGAGGAGUGGCAGGAUUGGGGGGAGGUGUGUUCCCUCCUCAGCUGUCCCCCCAGCAUAUUGCCAUGCUGAGCAGCAUCUACCCACCUCACAUCCAGUUUCAGCUGGCUUGUCAGCUCCUCCUCCAACAGCAGCAGCAGCCACAACAGCAGCAACAGCAGCUACUGCAAAACCAGAGGAAGUUCACACCAAACGUGCGGCAGCAGGCUGACCCUCAACAGCUGGCCAGGAUCAUGGCAGUGCUCCAACAGCAAAGGCAGCAGCAGGUUGGGGGUUUAGGUGGCAGCUCCAAACUCUCUCCCUCCCACCAUGGUGGAGUUGGCGGAGGGGGCCCCAAACUGCCUGGGGUUGAUCCCCUGCCCCAUCCAGGCCUGGCAGGAUCUGUGGCUGACUUGCACCAUAAAAAUCUUGGACCAUACUCUGGGCUUAGUUCUGGAGUCAACCUCCCAGGUCUGGACCUGGUGGGUGGACCUGGGGGCAUGAAAGACUUAGGGGGUCAACAGUCCCGCUUCAAAUGGAUGAUGGAGGGACACUCUUCUCCAGACACCUCCUCACCUGAGAACGCAUUCCACAAAAAUGGUCCUGUCACCCCCAUGAAGAUGCCGGGGGGCUCGCCCUACUCUCAGUACGACAUGAUGGUUGAUGGGCUGGGAGACAACUGGCAUCGCACCCCUGGCAACAAGAUGGGUACCAAGCCUCCCACCACACCCAGCUGGCCCCCUGAGUUCCAGCCUGGUGUGCCGUGGAAGGGAAUCGACCGUGUCGACCCUGAAUCUGACCCCUACAUGACCCCAGGGAGCAUGAUGGGAAACGCGGUGUCCCCCAACCUCAAUGAUACUGAGCACCAGUUGUUACAAGAUAAUACUGAUUCCACCCCUCCCCUCAACACCUUGCUGCCUUCACCUGGUGCCUGGCCCUACAGUGCCUCAGACAGUCCCCUCAACAACGCACACAACUCAGCAAAGUACACAGACUACAAGACCAGCUGGCCCCCAGAGCCCAUCGGACACAAGUCCUGGAAAGCCAGCCGUGGCAGCAGCCAGACUCAGCUGUCCCGCCCACCUCCAGGACUAGCCAGUCAAAAGCAGCCAUCGCCUUCGCCUUGGACUGGAGGAGCCCCUCGAUUGGCCAGCCGGGGCUGGGGCAGUGGCUCAAGCACUACUGGCUCGACCUGGAGUGACGGCAGUUCUCGGGAAAGCUGCUGGUUGGUGCUCAGCAACCUCACACCACAGAUUGAUGGCUCCACUCUGAGGACCAUCUGCAUGCAGCAUGGCCCUCUGCUGACCUUUCACCUUGGCCUGACCCAGGGCACCGCUCUGAUUCGCUAUGGCUCAAAACAGGAGGCAGCCAAGGCCCAGAGUGCACUCCACAUGUGCGUUCUGGGUAACACCACCAUCUUGGCAGAGUUCGUGAGUGAGGACGAUGUGUCUCGCUACAUUGCACAUUCCCAGGCAGGAGGAGCAGGGAGCGGAGGAAACACAGCCGGCUCUGCAGGCUCUGGGCCUACAGCAUCCUCCGCAGUUGGGUCUAACGGUAACGGUGGUAGCUGCGACAGAAGUGGAGCAGGAGGCAGCAGCGGGGGAGCAGGAGUAGAAGGAGGUUCCACAGUUGGAGGAGCAGGAAAUGGAGGAGCCGGGCAUUCCAGCUCCGGGUGGCAGAGUCUGGACAGCACAGGCAGCUCAUCGGACCAGUCUGUCACCCAGGGGCCCGGGCUGGGCAUCUUCGCCCAGUGGAGCAGCAAUGGGACUGGGGUGGGUGGGGCUGGAGGUGUGGAGGCUGGAAGGCAGGGUCUGUGGGGGGGAAUGGGUGGGAUGAGCGGGGCGGGGUAUCCCAGCAGUAGCCUCUGGGGUUCCCCAGCUCUUGAGGAUCGUCACCAGAUGGGCAGCCCCGCCUCACUGCUGCCAGGGGACCUGCUGGGCGGAGGGGCAGACUCCAUUUGAGGGGCCGACUGACACACAUACACACAUAUUUUACACCCAAGUUGUAAUACAUAUGUCACACUCUGUAUUUAUUUACACGUAGAGAUGACAUUAAUUAAAGCUACACUGGUCACUCAACAAGCAUACUACACACAGGCUACAUGCAGUACAUGCACACAUUAUUUUCACACAUACACAUUAAGCCGCUUAACUUUAAAUGAAGACAACAGUAAAACUUGAACCGGGGGAAAAAGGUGAAAUCCAUUAAACUCUUAGGACUCAACUGGAUAGCUCUUUUGUCUUUUUACUCCAAAUCCCACCAUCUGCAUUCAGAGACCCGAUCACUCAGGCAUGCACUGUAGACAGGCUCAGCCAGAGUCGUACAUGUCAACAAGUUUAGCUAUUGCUGUUUUUAGUGUGCCACAAAUUUUUUUUUUUUUUGUAUUACUAUUUAAUGGUCGAAUCUCAAAAUUCAGACUUGCAGACUGAGCCCUCGUAGACCUGCCUGGCGUACUUCUGAGUUCUCAUGUUUGGAAGCUUGAGAGUGGGGAAGGAUCUGGAGUUUGUAGAAAUUUUGGGACAGCGCCACACUACUGAGUCAUAUGGACGAUCAGCAACCUUUGAGGUCUGGAAAAGGAGAGCGUUUUUAGUAGGUACCGACACCUCUACCUUGGUGGAAAUAUGCCAUCAACAUGGGACCCAGGGUAAAAAAUCAAAAAAAUCAAAACAAAAACAACAUUAGCCAAACUUGCACUAUAUGCCUCUGGGUUUGUUGUUGAUACAUCUCCACAAAUCCCUCCAUUUUUGAAACAGAGCUACAACACAACAACUACACAGACCUUACAGGACGACUAAGUGUUACAACAGCAGUGGCCUUGGCUAACACCCAGCGGCCGCCCGCCCGCCAUGUCAGCAUCACACCUUCUCAUCAGUUACACACUGCUCUUAUAUUUGACAAGCAAAAUUGUAACUCCUUGUUGAUGUACGUUGGUUGUUUAUCAUUUUUUUUUUUCUGUUUUAAAAGAAAAGAGAAACGUGUGAAACUUUGUGGAAAUCCAGAGAUGUCCUUUUUUUUUUGCCCUUCAAACACUGACCUCGCUAUUGUAUUUUUUCUUACUCGAGAAAUCAAGUUGGUUAUUAUAUAUUGUCAUGAUGUUAAUGAUGAAUAUGAUCACUUAUUUACUCGCUGUUCAAGGUGCCCUCCUGCCUGCCUGUGUGUGCAUGAAAGGAGUGAUGACAGUAUGACCGAAUGGAGGAGGAUGUGAUGAAGAUAAUAAUGACGACGAUAUCGGGAGUGUCUGUGUUAUUGCUACAAUGUUGAAUGUUUCUUUCUUUCUUGUCCAUGAGAGAUUCAUGAGAAACCUUUUGUGUGGGUGGGUGCGUGCGUGUGCGUUUGUUCGUUCGCGUGUGUGUGUGUGUGUGUGCUUGCUUUUGAACACUUAUCUGCUCCAGUCAGGGAAGUGAAUAGAUAUUAAUCUGACAUCUUGCAUUUGAGGGAGUGUGUGUGUGUGAGUGGAUGUGUACACGUUUGCGUGCUUGACUGUGGAUAUUGUGAUAGCUAAAAAGUUCAAAAACAUUGGCACUAUUGCAUAUGUCUCUUAAGUUGUGUUUUUUAGCAGCAUUUUGUUCCUGUUUGUAUUUUUUUUUUUCUGCCAAAUGCAAUAAGAGAAUAUUUUGUUUUUAAGACGAAGCAACCAACUGAAGGCAUUUCUAUCAAAAAUGCCAAAUCCUACCAUACCAAGCUGAGCUGGAACAGUGUUUUACAGACACGUUAAAGACAUUACCUGUUAUAUUUUACUGUUUUUGUUUCUUUUUUGUUAUUAUGUAUCAAUUUAAAUUAAGUCAGUCUUUAUUAUCACUCCUGUUCAGGAUGUUUUCGUUUAUUUCAGAUGUUACAAAAAGGAGAGGAAAUUAAUUUAAAGCGGAAAAGAACAAGAUAAUAAAGGUUGAAUUGAA